AUGCGAGGCAUUAAGAUAUCUAAAUAUAAGGCAUAUGAUGCAAGGAGGAAAGCGUUGUCGAAAAUAUUUGGAGAUUGGGAAAAAUCUUAUGAAUUACUUCCACAGUAUCUCGAAGCUAUCAAGCGAAAUAAUCCGGGUACUGAAUAUGAAAUAUUGUCUGAAGAGAUUGCACCGGGGAUGGAGAGGUUCACUCGAGUAUUUUGGGCAUUUGGUCCGGCUAUUAAGGGCUUCACUUUUUGUCGUCCGUUAUUGAGCAUUAACGGUACACAUCUAUAUGACAAGUACAAAGGCGUGCUUCUUGUGGCGACCGGUGUAGAUGCAAAUGGCGGUUUAUUUCCUCUAGCAUUUGCAGUUGUGGAGGUAGAGGAUACUUCUAGUUGGAAGUGGUUCUUUGAACUUAUAUACAAGUGGAUUCCUAGUGUCCGUGCGCCCAGAUUAAUUACUUUUAUCUCAGAUAGGAUGAAAGGAAUUAUAAGGGCAUUACAUGAGGGUUUUGGUGCACCACAUCACCAUCGAUAUUGUUUGAGGCAUAUAAGAGAUAAUUUUAAGAAAAAACACGGUGAGAUUAAUUUGCAAAAUCUUUUGUGGCAAGCUGGGUGUGCAACCGAUACAUUAGUGUAUGAACAUUGUAGAGAGAAGAUCAAGUCUUUGUCAUUAGAUGCACAUAAUUGGAUUGAACAUAACUUGAAGCCUCAAUUCGAGCAUCGAUGGGCAUUAUGUAAGGAUGAGGGUGUGCGGUUUUGCAUGAUGACAACUAAUUGCUCCGAGAGCUUUAACGGCGUUCUUAAAGGAGCACGAGCUAUGCCAAUACAAUCAUUGGUUGCAAGAACGUACAGGAUUAUGACGGUAUCUACACCGUUAAACUGUUUGAUGUUGAUUGCACUUGCACAUGUAACAUACCACAACUUCAAAAAAUACCUUGUGCACAUGUUCUUGCGGCUUCCUCCAAUCAGCCGGGUGGUGCGAGAAUUCCAUAUAAUCGGUAUUGUUCACCAUGGUAUUCAACAAUUCAUUACCGAAAGACAUACAGUGAGAGUUUUCAUCCACCCGAUGAUAGUUGGUAUUGGCCUGAAUAUACUGGAUCACGGCUAA